AUGGUACCCGAAGGAGGCCCACCCUUUGAGAUCUUACGGGUCGUUGGGAGGUACACCCGAUAUCACUCGCGCAGCUGCACUCUUGGACAGAGAAUGUCAGUUUUUGUAGAUGAACAAUUCUUGUCAAGGAAUCUAGCAAUGGCUGCUUCUCCGAUGCCACUUAGAGCUGUAGCAGGUUUAGCUGAAUCAUUUACAGCCAAGCAGCUGGAGAAGCUUGCCAAGAAGGCAGAAAAGGACUCCAAAACAGAACAAGCCAAAGUCAAGAAGGCCCUUCAGCAGAAGAAUGUGGAAUGUGCUCGGGUCUACGCAGAGAACGCCAUCCGGAAGAAGAACGAAGGCUUGAACUGGCUGCGCAUGGCUUCCCGCGUAGAUGCCGUGGCCUCCAAGGUCCAGACAGCUGUGACCAUGAAAGGAGUAACCAAGAAUAUGGCCCAGGUGACCAAGGCCUUGGACAAAGCUCUCGGCUCCAUGGAUCUUCAGAAGGUUUCGGCUGUGAUGGACAAGUUUGAACAGCAGGUCCAGAAUCUGGAUGUCCACACUUCAGUGAUGGAGGACUCCAUGAGCUCAGCCACCACCUUGACGACGCCCCAGGAGCAAGUGGAUAGCCUGAUAGUGCAGAUUGCCGAGGAGAACGGCCUGGAGGUGAUGGACCAGCUGAACCAGUUGCCCGAAGGGGCCUCGGCCAUGGGGGAGAGCUCGACGCGUUCGCAGGAGGAUCAGCUGUCACGGAGGUUGGCUGCCUUGCGGAAUUAAUUCUCCCGCCCCCUCGCAGACAGUUGCUCCUGCCUUGUUCUCCUAUGGUUUGUGGGGUUUCUGCCUGGAGCCCUGGCCUUCCGGCCCCCUGGCCAUCCUCUUCAAGGGCCAGGGGGGAGACUGCCCUGUCCACCCCUGCAGGUCAGCUGUGCCCAGCGUGGACCUCAUCCAGCCACCAUCGCUCCUGUCUAAAGCAGCUGUGUGGGCGUGCCUGGUCCUUGGCCAAGGGCUCUCUGGGAAUGGAUGCCCUGCCUCCCCCAAAUGCUUCUCCUUCCAGCCUGCACUUCUCCUCCUCCUCCUCCUCCUCCUCCCCCUCCUGCCUGGUGAGAGGAACCUGAGCGUGCAAUGCUUGCCACGGUGGAAGCCCAGCCUUUGGGGCAUUGGGCACUCCCAAGAGGGCCAGGAACACGCCGGGUGCUGCAUGCGUAGAUUCCGCUGUUCUGAGGGCUCCUCCUCAUGCCGGUUGCUGUCCGUUCCUCCUUGUUUCGUGCAUGUGUGGAAGAGGCCACUGGGAAGUUGGGAAGACGCUGCCAGGAAGACGGAGACGGCCCUUUUUCUGGCAGCUCUGGAACCUGCCUUGAAUUUACAGACCACAAAGUGACCUUUGCGAACAGUGGCCCUGCUGCCCCUCUGCCUUCAUGCAUGUGCCCCCCUCCCCUCCUCCCCAAAGCUUCUCAUGUGGGGGGUGAGGGGAAUGUAUGGCUGGGUCUGGAGGAGCCCCUUCCUCCAAACGUCUCGGCUUCAGGAGAAGACCCUCCUGCGCAUAGAAGGGCCUUCAGCCUAACUCUGGUGCUUGAGCCCCCCCCCCCUUCAAUUACUCCAAGUAACAAGCAUCGGGACGUCCUUGGAGAGAGAGAGAGCGUGUGUGUGUGUGUGUGUGUGUGUGUAAAUGAGAGCCAAGGCCAUCUCCCCUCCUCCCCUGAGAAUUCAGUUUUCCCGUCAAAGCCAAGCUUGGGGUGGCAAGCAAGUAUUUCCUCCUUUCCUGGUGGCAUUAAGUGUGUGUUUCUCCUUUCCCUCCUCGGGGUGGGGGCCUUGAGCUGCCCUGCUCCUCUGGGCUGGGGAGGGCAAGAGAUGAGAAUAAUCUUCCCUGGAACAUUUUAUUUUUUUACGGAGCCGUGAAUUCUCCAACACUAAGAAAAAUUGUCUUUGCCUUUUUCUUUCUGUAAAUGAAAAGUGACUGUUGUCCAUUGUUUUAAUGUUGGCUUAAAUAAACAAACUCUCUCUGGGAAGCAGGAGAUGCACCCAGAUUUGCAAAGCUG